UUUACAAAUGAGCCAAGAAGAAGACAAAUCUAGCUCGAUUUAUAUGAGCUCGAGGGACUCGUAUGAUUUUUAUAGUGAGAAAGAUUCUGAGUGGCUCCAAAGAAUGGAUUCUGAUAAUAGCCUAAAUGAUCGAGAGGACACAACUGAAAGUUAUCAUCAUGGAGGGAUGAGUGAUGAUAAAUUUGAGCAAAUUCGACAACAAAUGCACUCACAAAUGAAAUCCAAUCCAGAGGAGCAGUCUUCAUUCUCAGAUUCUCGUCAAUUUUCAAGGGCAGUAUCGCAUUUACCUGACACACCAAGCCAUGAUCAAUGCUCUCGACCCCCUACUGUGCCUAGUUUGUCCUCUCUUGAUCCAGAAGAGAAGAAAAAGAACUUGAUAUUACAAUUUGAGCUAAAGAGCAGAAUGAAGGAUAUUUCUCAAAAGAUGUCUAAAUAAAGCUGCAACUGUUCAGGAAAAAGUUGAUCGUGAACACAGAAUGAAACAAAGAUAACCAAGCGGCUUUGGACCUUCUCAAUAGAAACCGCAAGAAGAUAGAAAUAGUUGAGGAUUAUUCUAUUGAAGAAGUUAAUGAAUCCAACAUAAGCUCGAGUAAUUCUCCAGAACCGAAGCGAAGGCUGGAGUUAGAAUUUGAGCAUGCACAGAAUGAAGACCACGAAAGUUCACAAGAUGUGCCUCUGCUGAACCUUAAUAAAGUUGCAACUGCCCAUUUCUCACCGAAGGAAAUCAGUAAUAUAGACAUAAAAGACUCUCUAAAUUGCACUAGUUCAGAAGCUGAGGAAGCACAUUACAGACAAACUUUCGGGAUAGAAGAUGAGUCUUAUGUAAAGUCAGAUUCAAAGGGACCAAAGUCAUGAAAUCCUUUUGUAAAGAACUACAAAGAAAUUGCUGAAAUGAAUGACCAGAAGACGAAUCCCAAAAUUGUAGAUCUCGUGAAUGCAGAAAGUCCCAAAAAGUACAGAGUCAACACUGAUAAUUCAAUAAAUCUGACUGAGAAGGAUGAUGAUGAAUCAGACCACAUCAUGAAGCCUAUGUCAAAGACUCUAAAGGGAGAAGACCUCAAUAUGAUGAGUCCUCACAAGAAGAGCCCCGAGUCACCAAGAAAGAGCCAUAGGAGCUCGAAGAAGAGCCGUAAAUCUUCUAAAAGGAAAGAAAUAGCAAAAGGAGCUAGGAAGACCUCCAUCGCUGAAACUUCAGAUGAAGAAUCAGAGGAAAGUGAGGACGAAGAUGAAGCUGAAGAGAGCGAGGAGGAAUCAGAAGAAGAUAGCUCAGUAUCUCAAACUAACACAACUGAAACAGAGACGGAAACAGAAACUGUAACCGAAUCUGAACAGACAGAAACUUCUGAAGCAACUUCAGUUCACCCUUACGAGGAAGAAAAGAACAACUUUGGAAAAGCUAUUCCAUUUGACAAAAGCAUUAAGCUGAAAGAUUAUGAGAUGAAAGCUCAGAGUGAUUCGAAAUUAAAAAUGAAUGAUCCGGUUCAAAAGAAGAGAGAUAUUUCCAAGACUUCUCCUAAAUGCAAGAAACAGACAUCUCCUAAAAAGCAGGCAAGCCCGCAUAUACAGAAGUGAUUUCAGAGGAAAAGUCCGCAAAAGCGAUACCAACAGAGUCUAAAGAAGAGCCCGGCCAAGGCUAGGCCGCCUUGAAGGACCAAGAUAGCUAAUUUAUACAAGAAUAUAGAGGAAACUAAAGCUGAGAAGUCCUCACCAAGCCCUUGACGGAAGAAGAAAAUUGAAAGGGAAUCUAAUAAGCCAUUGGUGGUGAAAUUCUUACAGAAAAUAGUAGAAAAUACUGAUAAAAACAUCGAAAUCUGCCCUUCUUUGCUUGAAGGAGAUUCAUUGGGUUUAUCAAUGGAAGAACUUGAAAUGAACGCUAACAAAUAUGUUAUCAUGUGCAUCAAAUUUACAGACGAAAAAGUUAAGGUCCUCGGCCUUUAUUGGCAUAACGGGGAUGGAAGGACAGGAAAAUUAUACGGAGAGAGCACUCUUCCAGCCCAAAUUCGUGCAACCAUGGUUGAUAAAUUCUUCAAAAUAGACCCAAUCCGGAAGAAAGUUAAAUGUAUUCAAGGUACUAAGCUUUUCAGCCCUCAUGUAGAUGCAGUCUGUAUAUUGCCUAAUUUGGGAAAGAAAGUCAUCUUAUCCAAACAUAAAUAACCCCAAGUCAAUUAAAA